AUGAGGCUUUACCCACCAAUUCCAUUCCAACGCAAGUCAGCAAUCAAACCUGAUGUUCUUCCAAGUGGGCAUAAAGUCGAUGCAAACUCAAUGAUCAUGAUCUUUCUUUACGCGAUGGGGAGGAUGAGAGCGGUUUGGGGAGAAGAAGCAUUGGAGUUUAAACCAGAUAAAUGGGUUUCCGGAACUGGAGGAUUAAGACAUGAGUCUUCUUACAAGUUCUUUUCAUUUAAUGCUGGCCCAAGAGCUUGUCUUGGUAAGCAUUUAGCUAUGAAUCAGUUGAAAAUAGUGGUUGUGGAGAUAUUACAAAACUAUGACAUUGAGGUCGUAAAAGGGAAGAAGAUUCAGCCAGACCCUGGUCUUAUCCUUCACAUGAAGCAUGGGGUUAAAGUCACACUUAAAAAGAGAUUCUGA